AUGUCGUCCACCGGUGUUGCGAUCACCAACCCCUUGGUGCUAUAUCGCAGUCUCAUCGCUACGCAGAAGAUCCGACCUGAUCCCGCUCAGCAUCGCCUCGCCUUGCACUUACAGAAACUCUAUGAUCGACUGAUUGACUAUGAACCGACUGUAGAGUAUUCGAAACGACUGCAGCAACUUUCCCGGGCAGUUGAUUCAGAUCAAAAUGCUGCUGCUGCUGUCGCCCCAACAGAUACGCACGCCAACCGCUUUGGCAGAAGGGGCAUAUGGACGUCGCUACUUGCUGAGAAAGAGAAGAGAGAUUCAGUAGCCUUGACUCGUGUUCUAACAAGUCAUGACGAGGCCAUGCAACUCCAGAGUCCCAAAGGACUCAUGCUGCACGGUGAAGUUGGAACUGGCAAAUCGAUGCUUAUCGACUUGUUUCAAGAGUGCCUGCCCAAUCGCAAGAAGCGGCGUUGGCACUUCAAUACUUUCAUGCUCGAUACCAUCUCCCGACUUGAGCAACUUCGAAUAUCCAGGUCAUUAGUAGCCGGCCCAGGAGCACCCAACGACGAAUAUUCGUUGCUUCUAGUUGCACGCGAUCUCAUAGAGAAGUCGCCGAUUCUAUUCCUAGAUGAAUUUCAACUUCCAGAUCGUGCCGCGAGCAAGAUUUUGUCUAACCUUAUGACGUCUUUCUUCCAGCUCGGCGGCGUCCUCAUUGCAACUAGCAACCGCAUGCCAGAAGAGCUUGCUAAAGCUGCAGGAAUGGAGUUCUCACGACCAGUGCACCGUCUUAGUCGACUAGGCUGGGGUAUGACUAAGAGUUCGUACAUAAGGAGGGAUGAUGGAGCGGGGCAGCUGGGCGAGUUUUCGGCGUUCCUAGAAGUGCUAAGAGCGAGGUGUGAGGUCUGGGAAAUGGAAGGAAAGAAGGAUUAUCGAAAGCUGGAAUCAGAAGACACUCUGGAUGCUAUUGAUUCGGCCGCGACUUUGACUGCUACUGGCGCAAUGAGUACAGCAGAGGAUUCUGCAUCGACCGAAACUGCAUCCUCUCUACCGAAGAACUAUCUCAUCCAGCCUCAAACCGCAGAAACCAUGAUCGAAUUCGGCGAAGCUUUCAACUCCCUGGUUGAGCAGGCAACACGCCACGAAUACCCGAUUCCCUGGGCUCCCGCCACCUUAACUGUAUACAACCGCGCUCUCCAUGUCCCCGCACAGUACAAUGGCGUAGCUUUCUUCACCUUUGCUGAGCUAUGUGGUGCCGUACUCGGUCCCGCAGACUACAUUACACUCGCAUCUACAUACCACACCUUCAUCAUCACCGAUGUACCUAUCAUGGGUCUACUCAUGAAAAGCGAAGCCAGGCGCCUCAUCACCUUGCUUGACGCCAUGUACGAAGCCCGCUGUAGACUAAUGAUUACCGCUGCUGCAGGCCCAGAUAAAAUAUUCUUUCCCGUACGCCCACCUUCUGCUUCAGCAACAGACGGAGAAACGCAAGAAACCGACGCCGUUCACCCCGAAACCUACUCUGAAAUCUACCAAGACCUCAACUCUCCCUUUCGCCCAAACAUCUCGUCUUACGCUGGCUCUACGCACAACAUGCUAUCUGACGACGCUCUCGAAGAUGACCCGCCAAACCGCAUGCGCAGACCAGGUUCUUCGUACACGGAUGAGCGCCGCUUGGGUCCUGGAUCCCCCGACUUUGCGAAUAUAGGCGGACUAACGGGUGAAGACGAGAAGUUCGCAGUUAAGAGAGCUGAAAGCAGGAUUUACGAAAUGUGCUCGGGAAAAUGGUGGGAUCGUGCUGCUGAUGUUGAAGCGGUAGAUUGGUGGCGCCCACUUCCACUGGAGAAUCGGCAUUGGGAACACCGCGUUUCGUCGCCUGCUGCUUCUCCUGCUGGGCCGACAUCGAAUACCUUACCGCCGAAUACCAAGGUCUUGUCUGCAGAAGAGCGUGAGAGGGAUAGGCAGAGGGAGAUGGAGGAUAUGUUUAAGCAUGGGGCUAGUCCGUUCCGGGUGCAUCCUGAUGCGCCGCCAAAGUUUAGCUGGACGCAUGCGUGGGGGAUGGUGAGGUGGGGAAAGAAAGCUGGGGCUUGGGGGAAGGGAGUAGAGGGCUUGGGAGAGAAGGCGAAGGAGAAGGUGGAUGAGGGUGUAGAAGACACGAAGAAGAACAAGAACAAAGACGCAUAG